AUGAGAGGGAAAAAAGAAUUAUUCUUUCUGAUCGUGGGCGUCGUGUUGUUUGUAUUCGACCUGGUCACAGAUUCUCUUGUGGCUGUCAAGUUUUGGUCUACAGGUGACUAUAAGUGGUUUGCAUUGUCAUUAGCCUUGAUCAUCUUUCCUCUUUGGAUCGUCAAUGUAUGCGCAGUGUCUUGCUACCAAAAUAGAGGUUUGACGGAUUGCUGUUUUCGAAAGUGUGGGGACAAUUGUUUAAUAUUUUCAUGUUGGCCCUUACUUCGGCGUCAUGCACAAGAGUUCAAACAAUGGAAGGAAGCAUAUUGGGAUAACUCCCCUUGUGAAGACAACUGUAAUGAAUGCAACUGUCAAGAUUGCGAGCAGUAUCGCGAGGGCAUAAGCGAUUGUAACAAUUCAGCUUAUGAAUUUGCUUGGUUACGUUUUAUAGAGACACUUACAGAGUCUACUCCACAAUGGAUAUUUCAGGUUUACAUUAUGUUAAGUGGGUGGGACUUUCCAUGGUUAACCGUGCUCUCAGCUGUCGUAUCCUUGUUUUCUUUAGCAUGGAGUACUACCACUCUCGAGAAAGCAAGAGUGACGAAAGAAGGUCAUAACUUUACAAAGAAAGCAACAGGUUUAUAUUUCUGUUUUCAACUGCUUGUUUUAGGGCCCAGACUCUUUGUAAUUGCAAUCUACGCGUACGCGUUUAAAGGACAGGUGUUCGUGGUCCUGUUUGGCCUCUGGGUGUUAGGGUCUGCUUUAUUGGCAUGUUUAACCUAUGGAUAUCUGAUGUUUACGAUGACCUUUGCCGUUGAGCGUUGUUGCGACCCUUCAUUAGGAUCAGUAGCAAAGAUAUUGGAAAAGUUCGUACUCAGUUUGGCGCUUACAUUGUUCGUGUCUGAAACUGUUCUUCAGUCGCUUGGUUUCGAAUCAUUGGUGAUGCAUGGUUUAUUUUUUCUUGCGAAAUCUGUAGAGAACGGUUUUCUGGUAUAUCGCGUUGUCUUUCAAAGUGACGCCGAACAUGUGAAUGUACUGGAACCAAUUGCGUGGUCAUUGGUUGGAAUAGGCUUUAUCUUUGGUGUCAUUUCAUUUGUAGUACGCUAUGUGCUCAAACGGAGAGAAGAGGCAGUUAAUAACGAAAGUUUAACAGAGGUUCAAGAGAAUGCGUUCCAUCUACCAGGAUCAGGCGUCAUAUCCCAACCAACAGAGUGA